UAUGUUGAGGGGAAUCCCUUCAUCAGUGGGUAUAAAACACUUAAGGAUGUCUGAGUUCAGUCAGUUACAGCAAAGAAUCUGAAUCCUAUCCAAGAUGCCUCUCAUCCAGCUCUACUUCACUCCUGCACUGCUGCUGCUAGUGCUCACCUGUCCACAGGUCAGCCAGUCUAUGCCAGUGAUGGUUAAAGGACCGGUGACCGACUCCUGGGUUUUCUACGCUCAGAUACUUCUACACAACAUCACUGAUGCACUCACAAAGGAUAACCUGUUCAGUGGAAUCAACUGCAGUCAGCAGAGCGUGAAGCUCAACAUGGAGACAGUCACGCCAUCAGUAUGCACACCAAAGGGAACAACAUGCUCAGGGAUCGCUAAGACAGAAUUUGAUCAGAACUUAUGUCUGACACACAUAGAGAAGGAUCUGCAUCACUACUACACAUUUCUAGCUGCUCAGCCGGACCCUAACGGUUCACUCGCCCCAACUCUGUCCAGCCUCAGAGAGUUCAUUGAGAACAGCUUCACAUUGCCUCUGCCAGGUCAGCUGGCAGAGACAACGGAGGAGGUUCCUCCAGAGUCUCAAUACAAUAAAAGGCUGAACCUCUGCAAAGUGCUGAAGGGCUUCCAGCUCCGCAGCAUCACAAUCAACAGAGUCCUUUCUUACAUGAAGUCUGGAGAACACACUAAAUGAGAUCAGGAGCUUCAAAAAAGCUUAGCAAAACCACUUUAAACACAAAUGACAUAAACUAACAGUCCAAUUAUUUAAAUAAUCUAGAAAACACUUCAGUCUACAAUAUGACUGUUUACAGUACAUAAAUUCAUUUUAUGAAGUCAUGUAACUCAUCAUUUACAUCAAUAUGGUGUGUUAAAGUAUUUUUUUAA